AUGCUGAGAAACAACAACUGGGGAUAUUUAGGGCGUAACUUGGCUAGUUUGAAAAGGUGCUUGUCCACUCACAAUGAUCUCAGUAAAGAGCCUCAAUUGAAUCAAUUUCAAGAUCCUCAUAGACCUCCAGAGCAGUUUGGUUCAUCCAAUCCAGGCCCUGUAAACAAAAACACUAGAGGUAUAAAUAACCCCAAUAUGGGAAAUAGCGGUGUUGUUCCACCUGUACCAUCGCCUAAACAUGGAGCAUUCGGAAUUGGACGGACCGUCGUUGGAAUUGCAUCACUUCUAAUGGUACUUGGUGGUGGUACUGGCUUGUAUAGGUCAUACAAGGCACAAUCAAUUAGUGAUGGAGGAAUAGAGAUUCUUCAAGAAGCAUUAAAUCAUGAAAAUAAGGGUAAUAUCGAUGGCGCCAUUGAAGAAUAUGAGAAUUUCUUGAAGCAACUGGAUAAUGAAGGCGUCGAGCAUACCAACUCUAACUAUCUUGGUGCAGCAGUACGAAUUGCUGAGUUGUACGAGAUCGAAAAACGUCCUGACAAAGCAUUGAAGAUCUACAAAUGCCUCAGUUUGUACAUGACUAAAGUGAUUACAGAGACUGAUUCAGAAUAUUUGUUCGGUGGUGGUUCAGAGUAUAAUGCUGCCAUGACGAGAUCCCUUGCCUUGGCAGUUAAAUAUGCAUCGAUGCUUCCAGAAGAUAGUAAUGAAGAGGCUAAGAAGGUGCUACUUACCAAUAUAGUAGAGGCUCAGAAACAGGUUAUGGAGGAAUAUCCUCCAUUCAUCACGGUACUCAACGAGAACACCAACCAGAACAUCCUUGCGAUGAUUGCGCGUGACAUGGAGAAGAAGAUGAGUGGCAAAACCGAAGAACAGAAAAAAAAGCAGAUGCAUGAAGCCAUGAAGGAGCCUUUAGAGCUUCCUAUAUAUACCACGGAUCCUAUGGAGGAGAAUCGGUUGCUGGGACUUUUUGUGAAAGGAUGGCCUCCUUUUACCAGGAGUUUGAUCAAUGCGCGUGAUCUUUAUGCUAAUAUUUGCAUUCAAGAUGGCGAUUAUGCUGAAGCAGCAUCAAGUUUGACUACAAACGCAGUGAUUAUUCAGCGAUGUUUUGAUCAUCCUGCCAGACUUAGUAUCUGCUUGACUAAGUUGGCUAUAGUUCUUCAAAUGAUGGCAGAAACGCUCACUGAUCGACUUCUUCAGGAGAAAGAACAGCUUCAAAAAGAGCAGCAAGAGCAACUAGAGCAACAGGACCAACAGGGACAUCCGGAUAGUACAGACCCUCCCGCUAGAAUACCACAACUUGAACUUGACGGCGCCAAAUUGGACCCUAACAAGCUUCUUACUAGUGCAUUACAGAUGCAGAACCCGCAGAUCAAAGAGUUUGUUAUCCAGAAGACUUACAAAGAGUCGGAGAGAAUUUUUAAAAGGACAAUACUACUCACGGAUAAGAUGAAGCAACAGCAUAUGAAGAACCAGGUCUCAGAACUGUUCAAGCCUGCGUUGGACAAAUCUGAAAUGGUCUCUGCGUGUGGAUUGGCUCUAAUAGGAUAUCAAAGUGGCGAAUAUAAGGAUGCACUUAAGUAUCUGCAGAGAGCAAGAGUACUAGCGUCCCGGUUGAAUGCGAACGAGUAUCUAGAGGACAUUAACAAGUGGAUAGAUCAGGUAGAAAGGGAGACCUGA